AUGGCGUCAAUUUCGAGACCAAGAGACCGGAGCGACUUUCGCGUUGCCAUCUUCUGCGCUCUCCCGCGAGAAGCCGAUGCCAUUUUCCUGCUCUUUGAUCAUUUCUGGGACGACGGCGAUUCGAGUUACGGCCGCGCCGAGGGCGACCCAAACCACUACACGAACGGUUGGAUUGGGCAGCACGAUGUCGUCCUCGCACAUCUGCCAGGAAUGGGGACGCAGAAUGCAGCAGCAGCGGCGGCGAGUCUCAGAACCAGCUACACCGAGCUGAAGCUGGUGUUCUUAGUCGGCAUAUGCGGCGGAGUGCCCAAGAUUAACGGCGUUGAUGCCUUCUUGGGCGACGUUGUUAUAAGCAAGAGCGUUGUUCAGUAUGACUAUGGCCGCCGAUAUCCCGACCGCUUCGACGUGAAAGACACAACGGAAGACAGCCUCGGGCGGGCAAAUAAGGAUAUCCGAGGUUUGAUUGCCUGCAUCGAAAUGCAAGGGGAGAAGGCGUUCUUGGAAGACAAGGCUGGAAGGUAUCUCAGACGAGACAUCCAAAACAAGACAGAACCAUCGGGCCCGCGGCGCCUGAAGGGUGGCCGGAAAUACAGGAACCGGGGAUUGGGCGAAGAUCGACUCUACAAGGCCGAUUACAUCCACAAACAUGACGAAGGGUGUAAUGUAUGUCGGCGAAGACCCUGUGAGUUGGCAACUAAAACCUCAUGCUCCGAUCUUGGCUGUAGUACUUCCAAGUUGGUUUUGAGAACUCGGUCUUCGGAUAGAAAUGCCGAGAACUAUAAACCUGCAAUUUCCAUCGGAAGAGUCGGGUCAGGCAGCACCGUCAUGAAGUCUGGUGAGGACAGAGAUCGAAUCGCCACGGAGCAUGGUAUUGUUGCAUUUGAAAUGGAGGGAGCAGGUGUUUGGGACGAGGUUCCCUGUCUUAUUGUUAAGGGAAUCUGUGACUAUGCUGAUAGCCACAAGGAUAAAAGAUGGCAAGACUUUGCGGCUGCCACAGCGGUUUCUGUGAUGAAGGCUAUCCUGGGCAGAUACGUUACGAACGAUAGGGUUCGGUCUUCCCUGAGUCCAUCAAGCUUUGGGGAAUCCCCUCACUGCCAUACCAUCCCUUAUAUCCGCAACCACGAGGUUGUCAAACGCCAGUUAGAAGUGGAAAAACUGCACCAGCUUCUAUCAAACUCGUCGGCAUGCCAAGUAGCUGCUCUUUGGGGACUAGGAGGGUCAGGAAAAACGCAAAUAGCUCUGCAAUACGCAUACCAGAGAUGGGAUGCUCGAGAUUGCUCUGUUUUUUGGGUACAUGCUGACAUGGAAGCUACAUUCAUCCAGGAUUAUAAAACUAUCGCCCGGAAACUGGGAUUGGAUGACAUCGAAAAUGAAGAGAACCUCAUGGAGGCUGUCCGAGACAAAAUCGAAUCCCUGGAGAGCUGGGUACUUGUCGCUGAUAAUACUGACGACAUCAAAGUUUUCCUCCCUGGGCAAAGUAGUAAAAAGACUGCGAAUUUGAUCCGCUAUAUCCCCCAGUCAGCUGGAAAGUCCGGAACAGUACUUUGGACAAGCCGGGAUGAGAGGAUUGACAUAAUUGUUGGAUCCGGCCGAGCGAUCGAGAUCUCCCGAAUGACAGAGGCAGAGGGACGGAAGCUACUCUACACUAAAUGGAACAAGAAGGAUAUCGAUGCCAAAGAUAUCAAAAUCACCAAGCUUUUGGAAGAGCUCGAGUGUGAGUAUCUGAGUAUGCUUUCCAGAAAGAAGCAUCGAUGGGAACUAUUUAAAGCGAGUGAGACAGCAGAUAUCCAGCAGACGCCAGGGGUUCCUAAUAGUGUACUUGGAACGUGGCACAUCUCCAUCGAGCGCAUUCAAAAGGAAAACCAGUUGGCCUAUCACAUAUUGAAUGUACUGGCAUAUGUCAACAAUCAGAACAUAUCGGAAAAGAUGGUGGCAGAAUUCGCAAGAUAUCAUGGGAAAAGACCCCCGAUCGACUACAGAGAUUUAAAGGAUUGCAAAAAUGACGGGGUUGUGGUCGACGACGACGAUUUAGACGGACCAGACAUUGAGAUACUGACAGCGCUGGCGAGGCUGAAAGAGUAUGCAUUUAUACAGAUACACCGGGAUGGUAAAAAGCAGAAGAGCUAUAAUAUGCACAAGUUGGUGCAAGAUGCCGCCCGAUUUGGAUUAUCUGCUGGUUUGAUGGCUAAUGAGCCAAGAUCCGGAACGAGCAGCGGAGGUGAACAAUAUUACGCUGCAAUUGCGCUGAAGGUGAUGGUGAGGCUUUUCCCACAUCUCAGUUCGGGAAUGUGGCAACAAAGUGAAAAGUAUGUCGAACAUGCUGUGCAAGCAGCAGAGUGGGCUGAGAUAUCAGGAACGCCAAUUCGUGCAGCAGCGCUCCUUCUACGAGCCUGUGCCUUCCUCAUGCACCGUGGCCACAGUCUCGAAGCCAGGCGCCUUGAACUGCUGAAAAAGGGCGCGUCGCUUUGUCAACAGGCUCUAGGAGGACGGCAUCGAGACACCCUCUACAUCAAGCUUGCGCUCGCAGAGACACAUUAUCAAAAUGGCGACGACCAGGUGGCUAAGGAUUUGACAAACCAAGUGUAUACGCUCCAGCGGGAGGUGCUCGGCAACACAGAUCCCGAUACAAUCGACACCUUGAUGCUGAAGACGGAUAUUCUCUCUAAAGAGGGAAAAUCUGAAGAGUCAGAUCAGCUCCUCAGCCAGGCAAUGCGCCGUUGUAGGGGUCGCGGAAAAGAGAAAAGUGAUGUAGCUGCGGUGAUCUUGGAGCAACGAGCAUGGCUGAGUAAGUGGCAAGGCGACUAUGAGAAAGCGACAAAGCUGGCCAAAUCUAGCCUCAAAAUCUACCAGAAGAAGAAAGCAGACCUUUGGCGAAUUGUUCAAUGCAUGGAACUCUUGGUCAAGUUGUAUAUCCACAUGGGCAGAUACAGCGAGGCUGUGCGAGUAGGCGAAUCUGCCUUGGAUCUGGCAAAGGCUCAAUGGGGAAGUAAAGAAAGUUCGACGAUUGAGCUCAUGCACGGUUUGGCCAAGUCGUAUUUUGCGCUAGGACAGUAUGCCAAAGCCGAGCCCCUUGCAAAGGAAGCGGUGCGAUUACGCCAAGAUCUGUCGGAAUUACCGCAUCAUGCCGCCUUGAUGCGUGAAUCGAAGCGCCUCCUCACAAAAAUGUCCACACUUGGGUAUUGA